GGUUGUGUACGAGCUGAGGUAGUCCUUGUGGGAAGAAAAAGAGAGAAGAAGAGAGAUCUAGAGAGAGAGAGAGCUGAGAGAUAGAGAGAGAAGUUAUGGUUUCUAGGGAGAACAAGAGAGCAGCAGUGCAUGAGAAGCUGCAAUUACUUCGUUCUAUUACUAACUCUCAUGCACUAAGCGAAACCUCCAUUAUAGUAGAUGCAUCAAAGUAUAUAGAGGAGUUGAAACACAAAGUAGAAAGACUGAAUGAAGACAUUGCAAUUGCAACAAAUUCAAGUCACCAAAAUUCGUGGCCUGUGCAAAUUACAGUCAAAACCCUAGAAAAGGGGUUUCUAGUUAAUCUAUAUUCAGAGAAGAGUUGCCCUGGCCUGCUUGUCUACAUAUUGGAAGCUUUUGAAGAGAUAGGUCUUAAUGUGCUGGAAGCUAGGGUUUCUUGUGCAGACAGCUUUCAAUUAGAAGCAGUUGGAGGAGAAAAUGAAGAGAAUAUUGGAGAAAUCAUUGAUGCCAAAGUGGUGCAGCAAGCAGUGUCUAAGGCCAUAAAGAACUGGACUGAAAGCAAUGAGGAAGAUUAAUGGAACAUCUAUAAAUAGUUUUCUCUAGUUCUUGUCUUCCAUUUUCAAUAUUUCAUGUAGCUAGGUUGGUUGGUUAUAUCGCGAAUCAAAUGAAUCAGUCUAUUGAAUAUUGUUAUAGCACGUGGUAUGAUUUCUCCUCCCCAAAGGGAAGGUUGAGUAUUCGAGCCUAGUAGGAGAAAUAUUGUAGAUGUAUGUGUGUUUGUUUGAACUUUCGAAAGUUCAAAGUUUUUUUUGGGUAAGGCAAGU